AAAACUUGACUUGGCCAGGUCCAGUGAUUCCCCGCAUAGCGAGUCAGCCAGUGUGCGGCCCCAGCCAAGUUGGAGUCCGGCCGAGCCCAGUUGUAGCUCACCGUGAAACGGUUGAGCUCAUCAGACCUCUCACAAGGCAUGAACAACCGUUGCCGGUGAGAAGCAAGGAGGGUGGACCUGGUCCGUUGGCAUGCCUGGUCAAAAACUUGUAAAUGGUUGCAGGGUGUUGGGUGGGAUGGAUCAUGGGUCUCCUCUUACCUCCCUCCCUAAGCUCCUCCACCACUUGGUUGACUUUCGUUACAAAGGAAUUCCGCAAUUGGUGUGGUGAGUCUCUUGUGAAUUGCAUAACGAUGCGUGGGGGAUUGGGGGAGAUGGCCUCCUCAUGGAAGCAAGUAAGGUUUGGCCUUUAGUUGCUCUGUUCCCCAGAAACCUAGAGAAGGGAAUUUCUGGAUUUCUCUCUUAUUCAGCCUUCUUAGGAGCCCUUUCCUUUGGAGGGCAGCAAUCCCAUAUGCCUUCUUUUUCUCCUUUGCUUUAUUCCGUGAGGCGGUGAAGGAUCUCCCUUUUCCCCAAUUACCAACUAGAUUUUCUUUGGCCUACGAAUUCAUCGUUCUCAGGAUCAACCGACGGGGACGCAAUUCCCCAAAAUUCAACUCUUGUCCAGGAAUCGGCAUGGCUUAUUCUAUCGCCCAAGCGGAUUGCCCCCAUCUUGGCCAUUCCAGGUACCCACAAAACAAUCACCGGAACAAGAAACACCAACACCCCAAUUCGUCAAAUUCCUCGUCUGUUUCUCUCUGCGAUGGAUCGCAUGCCGCUGCCGUCGAUAUCAUAAUCUUGAUCCUUGUUCUCGGUGCUUAUGGCUUCUUGGUCCUCCCUUAUGUCAAAUUCUUCUGUCAUGGGGUGUCGCAGAUCGUUCAUGCUGCCUUCUCGAUCAUUGUGGAAGAGGUUAGUCAAGCUCCAUCUAUUUAUGCAUCAGUUAUUGCAUCCUCCCUGUUGGUUUCAAUAUCUCUUUGGGAGAUCAUUCGCUAUAUGACCAGAAAAUGCGACAACCCAAAUUGCCGAGGCCUCCGUAAAUCCGCAGAAUUCGAUAUCCAGCUCGAACCUGAGGAGUGCAUAAAGAAUUCUCAGUCCGCCUCAAGAGAUGAUUAUGGUGGUAGAGGGCUGUUUGAACUUGGGGACAAACACAAGGAUUUGGAAGAAGAUCUCAGGAAGUUGGCACCUCCGAAUGGCAGAGCGGUUCUUAUCUUUCGGGCAAAGUGUGGCUGUCCCAUUGGAAGAGUGGAGGUUUGGGGCCAUAAGAAAAAUGGGAAAAUAAAGAAGUGAAUCCCGUGGAAGCUGAUUGAAUUGGCUGAUACAUACUGAUGGCUGUUCAUUGCCCUUCAGCUUAUUUCUUGGCUAGCUAGUAAAGAGGAGAUGAGUCGUAUGUCUUUUUAAAUUAUGUGUUUACAUACUAUAUUCCAUAUAAUGUCAGUCAUAUAGCGGAAUAAUAUGCACUCAUUCGAUUCUUGAAUCACAAUAAUAAUAUAGUUCCCUUGUUCGUUCUUUUUC